GAGGCGGGCUCAGGGAUGCUUCUUGAGAAACCAUCGUAACGGCCUGUUUACCUCCGUUUCUGCAUUAGUUUUGUAGCACUAAAUAUGACAGUAUUUUACCCCUUUCCUGUCGUUGAUUAACGGUGGUCAGUGCAAACAAAAAUGGAUGCACGAAAACAAUGUAGAUAUUCAGCUGAUUCUUGGAUGAGAAUAAUUGAUUUUUUAUAUGCAGUAUGAAAUUCUUCCUAAGACUCAAAUAUGCCAGCUGGGGAGAGUGAAGCCAGAGCAAAGACUAAGGCCAGAUUUGAUGAAGUGCUGAAGAGGUACACCGAUGCUCCAGCAGAGAAAAAGAAAUCAAAGAAGAAGAGCAGCCAACCAGAAGAGAGUAUAGCGCUUGAAACCUUGAAGAAAAACCUUGGCCUUAACAAAGGUACAGAAGAUGAUGAGACCAUCCUCAAGAACACAUACCAGCCUGAUCAGAGCAGUCCACGCUACACCAAGAACAGGCUGCGGGAGAAGGAAUUGUCAGAGAAGGUCAACAACGACAGUGAGGUGCCAGAGGGCGGUAAAUUAUCCCGGGGCAGGAAGAAGGGCAAAAGGGAUCUUCCGUUACCCCUGCCUGAAGGUGAUGUCUCCCACCCCAUCACCCGGGCCGACGAGGGUGGAUCCAGGUCCACCCAGGUGGCUAUUCUGAAAGCCGUUCCGGAAGGAGAGGAAGCCCGAGGGAGGAAAGUGGGGAAUGAAAAGAAGGGGAAAAGGAAGGGAAAGCGGGAGGAUGGAGCACGGGAACGGCAGGUGGAGGCAGACGACGAGCUCCUCCAGGAGUACCAGCAGCAGAUUGCCCGGGAGGAACAGCGGGCCGGGAAGCUGACGUCGAGCAAAAAGCCUCCUGCCAGGAGGAGUAGCCCCGAGCAGGAGGUGGCUUUGAACAAUGACAGUGAAAGGAAGAAGAUGAAGAAGAAGCUGAGAUCACAGGAGACCGGGGGGGAUGCAGGAUCAGGGCUGGAAACCCAACCAGAGGAUGCCUCCAGGAAGCACCUGACCAAACAGGUGAUGGUUUCCUUAGACGCAGAGAGAGAGGGAUCGAGGGAACAACCGAUAAAUGAGGAAGAGCAGACGGGGAAAACGAAAAAGAGGAAAACCAAGGCUGUGAUAGAGGACAGUGAGGUAGAAAACAAGGAGCCUCCUAAGCCUGUUUUCGACGACAGUCUGGUGCUGGGGGUCUAUGUCCACAGGACAGACCAACUCAAGACUGACCUGCUGGUGUCACAUCCCAUGGUGAAGGUCCACGUUAUUGAUGAGGUCACUGGGAAAUAUGUAAAAAAGGAAGACAGUCAUCGCCCAGUCUCGUCUUUUUACGAGCAGGAGAAGGUGGAACAUGUUCUGCCUAUCAUGACCCAACCGUACGAUUUCAAGAAGAACAAGUCGACAAUUCCAGAGUGGGAGGAGCAAAUCAUCUUCAACGAGCGAUUCGGGUACUUCCUCCAGGAUGACAACGAAAGUCCAAGAGUAAUUCUGUUUUUUGAGGUCCUUGAUUUCGUAAGUAUGGAUGAAGCCAGGGCCAACGUUGUAGUAGAUGAGCACGAACGGGGUUUCCGGAAAAUUGCUUGGGCAUUUCUCAAGCUUGUGGGAACAAACGGGGUCCUGAACGUGGACAGUAAGCUCCGCCUCCAGCUCUACUGCCCCCCUCCCAGGGUGAAGAAACAGUCCCACAGCGUGGAAGUGGUUGAGUGGUGGAGGAGGUACCCCAGGAGCAGAUAUGCGUCUACGCUGUAUGUCACCAUAAAAGGCCUCAAACUUCCUGAACAUGUGGACCCCAGUGUCCGCUCCAUGACGGCCUUGCAGCAGGAGAGGGGUACCACCUUGUUCGGUGACCCCCACAAUGAUGUCGCCCAGAAAAGCAGCACCCAGCUACUUGAAGAUCAAGCUGACAUUGUGAAGUGGGGCAGGGUGCCGGGACAGGUCUGUCGCAUUCCCAACAAGCCCAUGCUGUCCUUCCGCGGCGGUCAGAUGGGUUGUUUGGUGCUGCGCUUCUCCCAUGCCGGCCGGAGGCUUGCAGCCGCCUGCGCAGACAGGGACGCCUUCCCAGUCGUGGUUUACGAGAUUCCAUCGGGCAAAGUCCUGGCCGCUUUCAAUGGGCACCUCAGCAUCGUGUACGAUGUCUGCUGGUCCAGGGAUGACCAAAGCCUUUUGUCUGCUUCUUCUGAUGGAACCGUCAGAAUUUGGAAUAUGGAGAGGCUUCGUGGUGUGGCCAAGAAGAUUCUGCCCCAUCCUUCCUUUGUGUACUCUGCCCAGUUUCACCCUGUUGGCCAGAACCUUGUGGUAACUGGAGGCUACGACUGUCUCAUCCGUGUGUGGGACCUAAAUGUUCAAGACGUCAACGGUCAAUUGCUACAUGAGUUUGAGGGGCACAAGACGUUCAUUAAUGCCUUGUGUUUCGAAGCAGAAGGGCUGCGGUUGUUUUCAGCGGACAGCGCUGGCUUGCUUAUCGUGUGGAACAUGCCAGUUGGCGAUGGCUCCUAUCAGCAUCCGACGCGGCUCUGGAACAUCGAGAGGGAGAUAAUGGAGAGUGAUCUCAAGGGAAUUGCCAUUAACGGACUGGAGGUCCACCCAAAUGGACGUCGCCUCCUGAUCCACGCCAGAGACAGUGUUCUGAGGGUCAUGGACCUCCGAAUACUGGCAGUAAAGAAGUACACAGGUGCCACAAACUACAGAGAGAGGAUCCGCAGUACUUUCUCUCCCUGCGGAAGCUUUGUCUUCUCAGGAAGUGAAGACGGCAUGGCCUACGUGUGGAAUGCAGAGACAGGGGACCAGGUGGCCGUGUAUUCUGAGCUUUGUUACCCCACCCCCCUCCGAGAUGUAGCUUUCCACCCCCAUGAAAACAUGGUCGCUUUCUGUGCCUUUGGAGAAAGCCAGCCUGUGCAUGUCUACAUCUACGACCGCAAAGUUGCUCAAAUGGAGGUGGAGAGAUUGAAAGGGCUGAAUCGGUGUGGGACAGCUGACAGGAACACGCUCAGGGAUGUGGCGGAUCUGCCGGCUCUGAUGGACCCCGCCUCAUCCGCCUCAUCUGCCCUGGAUCGAUUGGCCAGCGCCACGCGCAUCACCCUGAAGAUGCAGCACGUUAAACAAAAGCUCGAUUCCGUGCUGAAUUCACAUCAAAAUCCUUCAGCUUUGGACUCCUACGAGCAAGGGGGAGUUUCUGCCAAGGGGAGGAAAUCGCUUCCGGAAAGCAGCAUUCUCUUUCACACGCUGAGCUCAGAUCUCUCAUUUCCGGCCCCUUCUUUGCUGUCCCCUCACUCCAAGUUGCGAGCUUCUGGACCUUCUCUCGUUCUGCACCCACCUCUGGCCACCAGCACUCAAGGAUUUAGCCCCAUAGGUCAACGUUUGAGCCAGCCGCUAUCUCCACGGCUCCAGACGAGCUUUGAUGAUCGUCCGUCCUCUUCUCUACAAGCCGAGGCCGAUUCUUCCAUACCAGUGCAGCAGACGGUCGUCUUCCUUUAUGACUACACUGCCAAUCGAUCGGAUGAGCUGACUGUGUGCCGUGGUGAUGUUAUCCAAGUUCUCUAUAAAGAUAAUGAAAACUGGUGGUUUGGGUGCCUGGCCGAUGGACGGCAGGGCUACUUCCCCGCCAACUAUGCGGUCGACCAAAGGGAUUUUGAAGAGGAUCUGAACAGAGCCAUAGAAACAGACUCUUCUGUGUCAGAUCAGCUGAACCAAUCAGCUGAAAAAUCGACCCAGGCAAAGAUCCCUGGCGCUGUGAGCUCACCCAGAGAGCUGAGGUUCAUCUCAGAGCACGACGCAGACCCAGAAGCACCAGUUGUCCUGGUUCAGAAGAAGAAGAAAAAGAUGAAGUCUGUCGCAGCGACUAGACAGUCUGCCUUUGCAGACCCUGACGUCCCAAGCACGUCACAGGGGAAGCCAAGCAGGCCGCUCCCAAAGAGAGGGCGAUCCAAUUCUGCUUUCGAAGCCGAUAAGUAGAGCACUCAGGAAAGGCCCGCUUUCAUUCAUACAGUCACCGCUGUGUGCAGUGACCGAAAAUUAAUUGCACUAUUUUAUCCACUUUUUAGACUGAAACUGUACAGUUCACUGAAGGACCUUAGCUGCGCGUGAUAGCAGUUAUGACCUAACGGAGUUAGUGCUCAUUUUUAGUAACGGUAGGAAUUCCUGGUCAUUUACACUGUACAUUUACAGUGGCUUUAAGUGUAUUUAUUGAUAAGACAAUAUUUUCCAUUUAACUUGUAUUUCGAAUACAAGUUGAAAAUUGACUGCAUUUAAGCAUUUUAGUAGGUUUUAAAAUAGCUUUUUAGUUUUAUUGAAUGUCAUUCACAUAAAUGUAUUUUUUUGUAAAAAAAAUUAAAAUAAUGUGUAAAUUGCCUUGCUGGGUCUCAGAACUGAACACUACAGAUAUUUUGCUUUGAAAGUGGUUUGCUACAUCAGUAUAAGAAGUUGUACUUCUUGAUCCUUAUAUGAAAGAUACUAUCUUGGUUUUACCAAGGUAGUAUCUACCAGCCAACAUUUGGAAUAAAAAAGUGAAUUCUUGUUA